UCAAUUGGUUUAAUUUGUAUUUUGUUUUCUUUUUUUUUACUUCCAACAAUCAGUUAAUCAAUUUAGUGAUCGAACUUGAUGUGUGUCUUGUUCUGUCACUUCGAUUCUGUUUCUAGUUUGUCAAUUUGUCAUCUAUUUUCUUUUGGUUUCUACGCCUUAAUUUGUGUUUGAGUUUUGUUCUCUUUGUGGUUUGUGCUUUUGAGCAUAUUUGCCCUUCUAAUUAUUGCUUCUUUGAUUCUCUCUCUCUCUCUUUCUCUUUUUUUCGUUGAAUUUUAUUGAAUCUUAUCAAAAUGUGUGAUGAUGAAGUAGCCGCUUUAGUUGUUGAUAAUGGAUCGGGUAUGUGUAAAGCCGGUUUUGUCCCAAGGGCUGUUUUCCACGAUCUGGUCGGCUACGGAAAAAAUCGGCUAAAGUUUUGGAAAUGGAAAUGGCUAAACGAGGUUUUCCCGAACGUGAUUUCACCUCAAUCAAUCAGUCUCCGUCUACUAUUAGCGCCUCAACCACCUCAACCACCGCGGAAAUGAUUCAUAAACCACCAGUUAAUAAAAGACGCCGUCACCGUCAAGCUCAUAAUAUUGCGAUUAAAGAUAUUGGUCGAUGGAAAGCUCAAGAUGAUCUUGCUCUUAUGUUAGGAGUACAACAAACAAAUAAUCUGGAAGAUGUUUAUCGUGGUGUCAAAUUCUCAUGUAAAUUUACUCUGAAAGAGAUUGAAAAUCGUUGGUAUGCUAUCCUUUAUGAUCCAACCAUUGCCAAGAUUAGUGUCUCUGCGAUACGUCAAUUACAUUCUGAUGUUGUCGCUUUAAUUCAUAAGAAAACCAUUUUUAGUCAACAAGAGGAAGAUAUCAUCAGACAAAUACCAUCCACAUCUUUACCCACAGUUGAAAUGUUCGAUGAGAUGCUUUCCAAAAAUACCCAUGUUUUCCUUCCUUAUCGUACUGGUAAAUGUCUAUUCAAUCAUUGGACUCUUCUUAAACAUCAUCACCUUUUACCUGAUCAAUCAAUUCAAUAUUUUUCUCGUCAUCAAGAUUUAAUGAAUUUUUCCGAUGGUGAAGAUUCAAUUGAAAAAGAUGUUGAAGCUUCACUUGUUCUUCCAUGUAAACAAGAUGAUCUCCUUCAUUCGGAACAUAUUCUCUCUGAUCGUAAAAAUAAACGUGAAAUUAGACGAUUAGAGAAUGAAAUACCUCGAUGGCAAGUAUUAGUCGAUAGUAUAACUGGUGUGGCUCCAUCCGAUUUUGAUAAUCACACAUUAGCCGUUUUAAGAGGACGUUUAGUUCGGUAUUUAAUGAGAUCUCGAGAGAUAACAUUGGGAAGAUGUACAAAAGACAGUGAAGUUGAUGUUAACCUUUCGCUCGAAGGUCCAGCAGCUAAAAUCUCACGUAAACAAGGAUUAAUUAAAUUACAACCUAACGGGGAUUUUAUGCUCGCCAAUACGGGUAAAAGGCCAAUCUAUGUUGAUUCAAAGCCCAUCGUUGGAUCUCUUAAUUGUGCAAAAUUGUUCAAUAAUUCGGUUGUGGAAAUUGCCGGAUUACGAUUUGUAUUCUUAAUUAAUCAAGACCUGAUUGCUGCAGUUCGAACUGAAGCUCUUAAAAAUCAAAUAUAAAUAAUGUACAUUGUAAAUAUUCAAUAACAAGUUAAUUAAUCACGAAGGAGAAAGGAACACAAAUACAUACACAACUUGAUCAAGUUGUAAUUAAAACCUUCUUUAAAUGAAAAACAAA